AAUGACUCGACGGACGUUCCGCCCGAACGCGACCAGCACGAUGGAGUUCUAUCACCGCCGUUUUUGGACGUUGUUUCUCCUGUUGGCCGUCCACCAGUCGGCCGUCUCCGCUUUCAAGAUACCGGGUAAAUAUCCGACAGUCAUAUCCCGACGGGCCGUUGUCAACGGCGGUCGUUUACGUGGGAGGGGGCCGGGGAGUUCCGACUGCGCGACUACGUCUCACAAUAAUAUUAUUUCGCGUGUCCUCCGUCUUUUUUUUUCUUUUGUUUUUGGUUUCUUUUCGUUUACACGAGUGUACGUGUUUUGCACGCACGGCGGUUGAUGAAUGACAAAAAAUGAAUUAGUUUCGUGUAUUUCAUUCGAUAUUCUGCGUUUCGUCGUUUGUUGGUGUUGAAACCUGCAGCGCCGACAUUUUUACGCGUUGGUCGGUCAAGAGAAAAUAAAUAAACCAAAAAUAAAAAUAUAGCCGCAGUUUCUCAGCCGAUUUCUAACGGAAAAAAUUUUCGUCGCCCCCCCCCCCACUCCCCCUCAUACUUAUAGUAUAUACCAUUUGAUAUGAAUAUUUUGUUUCGAAAUUUUAUUUCCGUCUACUUCGUAUGCGUCGGUUAAGCAAAAAAAAAAAAAAAACCCCAAUCACCGUUCACCGACACGCGUUUUCUAUACAUAUAUAUUUGGUCUUGUUUUUUUCGCCUAAUUACAUUUUUAAAUUUAAAAACUUUUUAAACGACCCGAUUAGCGGUAAUUUAAAUUUGUUUGUUUUUUUUUUAAACAUAAAUCACUUACGUUUGAACCAUCUAGCGGUACGUGCGCUCCGACGGAUUGAUUUAAAAAAAAAAACAAUUUUAUACGGUAUGAAAUUAUCCCCGUGUAUAAAUCAAAAAUCCGUAAAAACGUAAUAAUACCAGAAUAAACGCGAUUGGAAAUUUCUUCGGCGAAUGCGAUUUUGCACGAAGACGUUAAUAUAUAACGAUGUUUGGAAAAACGUUUUUGUUUUUUUUUUAUCGUUAUUCGAUUUUUUACAUUCGAACGGUACCGCGGCGAAAUUGGCGCCACAGAAAACUAAAAGUUUCGAUACCGUUCGAUUACGUGCGAAUUAAAUUUUAUUUAACGUUUUUGAAACGGGCGUUACUGUUCCGUUUUAGAUUCUGACCUUAGUUAAAAACGGGAAAAUUUACGGAACUCAUUAUGGUUUUAAUUUUUUGAUUUUUGUUUUUUUGCGCUUUGAUUCAGUUAAAAAUAUUAUUUAUAGGGACUUGAAGUUUUGGACAGAAAACUUAUAUUUUCUUUUUCUAAACGUGGUGAAAUGUUCAACACAUUUUAGUAAUUUAUGAAAAAUGUAUAGACAUCAUAUUAAUUGUACGUAAUUUUUGUAAUUUCGGUAAAUAAUAUCUAUGGAUAAAAUUGUUAGACCGAACAAAAAUACUAGACAAUUUAACAGAAAAUUCGUUAUAAGUCGUAAUUUGUAGUAAAAAAAAAAAAAAAAUUUAGUUAAUGUAGAUUUUUUUUUUUUUCACAAGAAUUUUAACAUCAAAGUUUGAAAGCGAUACUAUUAACUGAACUCCGCUCAAAAUCGUUUUCGUCAGCAAUGGGCCAUUCGAUUUCCCGCACACCUCCCCGACUUUUCACGCACAACAGUGACACCCAUUCAUCGCGUGUCCGUUUUUUUAACGAUUUAUUUUUUGAAUUCGGCUAUAGUCGUUCGUUUAAUUUGAACGCGCGUAAUACAUAAACGAACGGCUGUAGAUUUUCCUCGAAUCGAAAACAUAUUCGGACAGCGGACGUUUAGGGCACGUGACCCGUUUACGGGUCGCGGAUGCCUUUGAACGGAUCGUCAAAAAAGUAAAAACGUUUAAUGUUAAAUACGUUUUGGGCGACCGACACGCAAACGUUAUGAACAACACCGCCAAAGCGUAACCCGGGAGCUCCGCCCGUUGGUAUUACUGUGACGGCCGGUUUCUUUCUUUUUUUUUUUUUUUUUUUUUUUUUUUUCCUAUCUAAAUUUCGUAUAAACCGUAGUUUGUGUUGACGUAUCAAUUUUUACGGUAUACGUUUUCCGAAACUGUUUUGUAGCGAAAACAAAUAAAAAAAAAACAAAAAAAAUAACAUUGUUCGCAACAAUAACACUGCGGUGAGUCAACGGCGACUUAUUUUUAAUAUUAAAAAUAAAAACUUGCGUCAUAUAAAAAUCCCCAACGAUAAUUGAUUUGAAAUAAUUCGUUUUUUUUUUUUUUUUUCGUUUUUUCGUUUUUCUCGUAUUAUUUUUUAUUUUGUUUUUUUCCUUUUUGCGCGCGUCCGCGAAAUAAUAAUAUAAUGACGGAGAAAAAGUUUCGCAGAAUUUUAAUAACACCGAAAUGUUAUUCUUAAUGACAGAAAAUAAUAAACUUUUCAACGACCCACUUUCGGAGAAAAAUAAAAAUAAAAAAAAAAUUAAUUUAUAGUUACAAUUACAAUGGCGGAAAAAAAACUUCGCCCGGUAACCGGAGAAGGGUUUUCGGCCCGGAAUUAUUCCAGUCUGCGUGAAACAAUAAUAAUAAUAAUAAUUUAUCGCCGUAAACAGCGUACGCGCGUAUUCGAGUAUUAUUUGUAUUCCGUCACUAUUAUUUUUGUUUUUUUCGGUAAUUCGAUCGAGUUUCGACGAAACGAACCGUCGACAAAACGGUAAUUUUUUUACGCGUUUCCGAACAUCGAGCCGACAGAAACACCGCGUACCGACGGUGCCGGCGGGUUGUGCUCGCUGCAUUUCGCUCGAUUGAAUUUCGCCCGCGUUCGAAUUCUGAACAUCGGAUUUUUUCGAGUGUAGCCGAACGCUCAGAUUCUUCGCGACGUUUGAAGAAUAUCCCGCGGUUGUGCCGACUUUGGUUUUUCGAAUCGGAACCCGGAAUGUUGAAAGUCCCUUAAAUACAUAUUACUUUGAACACGUUUUGGCGCCGACAUUUUUGAUUUCCGUCAAUCCGUAUAACGAGACAUUUCACUAUUAAGUUCGGGUAUGGGGGAGAGCAUAACGAAGUGUCAUUUGUGUGGCGGCACGGCGUGCGUCGUUUUAUUAGUGCUCCACCACGAUCGUCCUAUCGAAACGUCAAAGUGAAAUAUCUCGUCAGCGGUUCGACGGAAAUCCUUAAAUGCUACGGAAAAUCUAAAUGUUCGAAAACAUCGGCUUUAAUUACACAUGAAAAUUCCAAAAGUCAAAAUUUGAUUACAUGCGAAAUUUAAUCGAAAAAAUUGGGUGAACACGCUUAGUGAAUUAUGGGUAUACGUCUAGUAAAAAUGUGUACGAUUAAAAGGUAUCCGCGAGAUUUUAAUUUAUCGUCGCUAUAAAAACCGUAAAAAAAAAAAAAAAACCGGACAUACUUCGCACUACGGUUGCGUCAAUGUUGUGUAGGUGAGAAGUUGGGAAGAUAGGAUAGUAGAAUAUAGAGGGGGAUUUAAUGUGUUUUUGUGUGUAACAAUAAAUCAUUGCGGACGAAUUGAGUUCGGUUAUAAAUGUUUUAAUAGGCCGUAAUAUAUACGAUUUUGAUAAAAAUUUGAUAUUAAAAUUCUUUAAAAAAAAAAAAAAAAAACUAUUACAUUAAACUCAACUGUCCGUUAUUGGUCAUCAAGUCCGGAAUUCCUGUUAAAUUUCCAAACAUUUCUGUUUAAUCUAACAAUUUUGUCCACCAAAUAUACCUGACGAAUAAAUAAAUACUUGCAAAAUUAAAAUGUCCACAAAUAGCUUAAAAAUUGCUCGAAUGUUUUGAAGAUUUUACCGCGUCUAUAAAAGGCAAAUAUAACAUUUCUGUCCUAAUUUCGAGUCCCUGCGGAGAUUUUUUUUUUUAAACAAAUUACAACGAAAAAACCAAAUUGAAAAUAAUAAACGCAUUGUUUAUUCGUAAGUUUUCCCGUUUUACCCAAGUCUUUUUGCUUGGCCGGGUAGGUAACCGAGAAACGAUCGCACGACGAAUUGUCGACGUCGCCACCGACGGGUCGGAACGCGGUGAACGACUGCCCACCCGCCGGCCGUCCAUUUUCGAGAUACAGCUGAUAACCGACGACAUUAUAAACCCAUUACGGUUUUCGUGUUAUUUUCGUCACACACGGGCCUAAAAUAAUCGUAAAAAAACAAAUGUAAUUAUUUGUUUCGUGUCUGCGAGUCGUAAACAAUGGGCCGAAAUGCGUCACAACGGUAUUAUAGCGUCAUGCGAAACUACGUAACUACGUAACGAAACCACCCAAUUAGAUAUUGGUUUUAUUAUUAUUAUUAUUUUUUUUUUUUUCCGUUAUUGUUCGGAUAAAAUAUUCUCUUGCACACGGAACACUUGCUCUUCUAGACGCGAUUUGGGGUUCAAAACAGCCCGUCAACUAUGGCGAACUAUUGCCGAUAGGCAUUUGACGUUUUUUUUUUUAUUAGUUUUUAACUAUAUGCAUUUUAUGAGGGCGAAAUCGUUUUGGUCGAGCAGAAAUGCUUGAAAAUGUAUUCCGGUUAGUCGGCGAUUCGUUUUCGUAGUGACAAAAAAAAAAGUCGACCGUAAUGUAGCCGUUUUCAUUUGUAAGGUUUUUUACGUUCAAAAACGCGUCUAACCGACGGCAUUUCGUCGGCAAAGGUCGACGACAUUUUACCUACGAAUAAAACGAUUCAGUACCGCGUCCGAUCUUUCCGCCUUGCCGCCCGCAACACUGUCGCGCUCGACGUUGGUUUCGUUUCCAAUUAUCAUUAUUUAAAAAAUCGGAAAAACUAGUUGCGCGAACCGGUAAAAAGGCGUAUUUAAACACGGGAAAUCGAGUGUUGGUAACGUCGACAAAAAGGUAUCCAGGCGCCCCGUCAAAACACAAUUAAGUCCACGUUGACUUGUUAAAAGGGUACGCGUGGUACCGCGUUAAAUGCGGUGUACACACGUUAUUGUGUACAAGGUGUUCCGCGUACGAGCGGUUUUAUUGUUUUCGCCGCCGAUAAACAUCGUUAAAAACUGUUUUUUUUUUUUUUUUUUUUUUUUUUUUAACAAAACGCCGUCGACAAUAUAAUGUAUCACCGUGUUUUCAGGAUUCUCGUCCGGCAGUAGCAAACCCGCGGCCAGCAGCAGAGCGCCCGUCCCGGCGGCGAGCAGCAAUCACUAUCAGCACGGCGGCGAGUACGUGGGCCCGGUGUUCAUAAUCAGAGAGCUGGACAAGGCCGACGGCCAGUACGACGCGUUCGUGACGACGGGCGGCAUACAGCAGGUGAAGCCGCCGACGUACCCGAGCUACGGCGGCCAGCAGCAACAGAACCCGUCGGCCGAGGCGCCCAGGGAACCGGACGAGGACUCGGAAUACUUCGGGGUGCUGGUCACGCCCGACACGGUCAAGAUGCUCGGCUAUCCCAAUUCGGUGGCCAUCAACGUCUCGUUGCCCGUGCUUCUGACGGCCGUCUCGUCGCGAAUGCCGUGGCUGCUGGUCCUGCGCCGCGCAGACUAUCCGCCGCUAUUCGAGUUCCACCAACAACAACAACAGCAGCAGCAGCAGCAGCAGCAACCGCCGGUACAGCAGUCGCAGCAGCAGCAACUACUGCAACAACAAGCGCAGCUCGUCGUCCCGGGCAUGUUGCAGAUACCGCAACGCCGCCGGUACCACCCGGACAGGAAGCGCCGCGGACUGCCCGCGUUCGUGGCCGACGGCUACGGCUGGGACGUGGACGAGGAAUACGGUCGCGACCGGACGGCGUCGGCCGGGCUCGAGCGCGAACUGCUGUCCACCAUGUGCUACAAUUUCGUCCGGGAAUACUCGGCGGCCGGCAAAGCGCACGGGCUCCCGCUGGCCCUGGUCGCCCCGAGCACGGACGGAGUACGGGCGCGCGGCCAGAGCGACGAGUUCGUGUUCGAUUACGACGCAUACGCCCGGGCGGCCACCCUGGACAGGACUACGGUGACGCCACCGCCGCCGCCUGCGCAGCAGACCGCGUUCGAACAGCAACCGGAACCGGAACAACCGGAACCGGUCCAAAUGACCGUUCCAAAACGCGUGGCUUAGACGACUGAUUAUGAUAUCAAUGAUAAUACAGCGUGGAAACCGCAAAUCAUUUUUUUCAAUUUUAUAACAAUUUAUUUAUACUACAAAAAUAUUAAAUUUUGUACAGCUGUGGUGUUCAAAUUUUCGAUAUUCUAUGUAUAGCAAUUACAUUGCAAACGUUU